UCCCUUCUUCUUCUCCAGACCCAAACCCAAACCCAAACCCAACUCCAACUAGGAGAUAGCCACAUGCCCGCCCCAGUACAACAUACAUCAUCCGUCCGUCCGUCCGUCCCCAACUAGGAGAUAGAGAAGAGGAGUGGCACGACGCCAGCGGCAGCAGUGGGCGCGCCAUAAAGGACGGAGGGCAAGGCAGGAACCGCUCCAAGAUCCGACUGCAAGCGCCGCGAGAUCCGCUCCAGCCCCGGCUCGCCGCCGUUGCAAGAUUCGCCUCCUGCUCGGCUUCUUGGCGUGAGGCGCGGUGAGCCCGCAGCAACCAGCGCCAUGGCACGGACGCGCUCCCUGGGCGACGACGACGACGAGGAGCGGCAGCCCGAGGAGUUCUUUGACUCGAGGGAGCUCCUGUCGCCGGGGUCCGCCGCCUCGCCGGCGAGCUCGGGCCGCCACGACGACCAAGACGACGGCGGCUGGUCCCUGCGCCUGCUCGACGUCUGGGCCACGGACCCCUGCAGCGUCCACGAGCGCCGACAGCGGUUCGCUCGCUCCAUGGGCCUCCUGGAUCCCGCCCCCGCCCGGCCCAGCUCGGACCAGCCCUGCUCCAGCCCCCGCGCCCGCGCCCGCGGCGGCCAGGAGAUCGUCCUGGCGCGCACCCCCGAGGCCGCCGCCGACCUGGUCUUGGCCGUCCAGGGUCUGGUCUCGGAGGCGGGAGCACGGGAUCAAACCGCCGUGGAGGAGGGGAUGCAGUGCGUGUUCAAGAACCUGGACGACGGCACGGUGUUCGUGGUCGACGAGGUGGGCCAAGACGGGAGCUUCCGGAGGCUCAGGGAGCGCCGGUCCAACCGGACGGUCACCGCCGCGGAAUUCGAGAGGAUCUCCGGCUCCUCCCCGUUCAUCCGGGAGCUGAUGCGGCGGGUGGACGACUCGGACGAGCCCUCCACUCCUGAAAAAUCCGCGUCUUCGGCGAGGGCGCGGCGGCGGCGGCGGAGGUUCGGGUGGCUGCGGAGGCUGGGCAUCAUCGGUUCCUGCGUCGCGGACGCGGCGGAGGACGACGACGAGCUCAACUCGCCGUCCUCCAGUUCCUGCCGCAGCUGCUCUGGGAAGGCCGGUGGCAAGGUGGACAGGGUCAAGGUCAGGCAUUACAGGAAGCGGUCAAAGGAAUUGUCAGCGGUGUACAGGGGGCAGGAGAUCAAGGCGCAUAAAGGGGCAAUUGUGACCAUGAGGUUCAGCUGUGACGGGCAGUAUCUGGCCACCGGAGGCGAGGACGGGGCGGUGCGGGUGUGGCGGGUGGUGGAAGGCGAGAGGCCCGACGAGCUCGACUUCGCCGAGGAUGAUCCUUCCUGCGUGUUCUUCACCGUCAACGGAAACUCUGAGCUGGCUCCUGUCAACUCCAGUGAAGGGAGCAAGAGCAAAGAUAGCAAGAGUUCAAAGGGGGUUGCGGAUCCGGCCUGUGUCGUCAUCCCUCACCGGACCUUUGCGCUAUCUCAGGUGCCUGUGCAUGAAUUCUAUGGGCAUGGUGACGCCGUCUUGGAUCUUUCAUGGUCAAGAAAUGGGGACUUGCUUUCUGCUUCUAUGGAUAAAACUGUUCGAUUGUGGCGGGUCGGGAGUGAUAGUUGUCUCAAGGUUUUCUACCACACUAACUAUGUGACAUGCGUUCAGUUUAACCCUACAAGUGACAACUAUUUUGUCAGCGGCUGUCUCGAUGGAUUGGUCCGCAUUUGGGAUGUCCGUAAAUGCCUAGUUGUAGACUGGGCUAAUACCAAGGAGAUCGUAACCGCAGUUUGUUACCGGCCUGAUGGAAAGGGUGCAGUGGUUGGGACCAUAACAGGAAAUUGCCGCUACUAUGACGCAUCAGAAAAUCACCUAGAACUGGAAUCUCAAGUCUCUCUGAAUGGCCGAAAGAAGUCUCCACAUAAAAGAAUAGUUGGUUUCCAGUACUGCCCAUCUGAUCCAAAGAAAUUGAUGGUAACAUCUGGUGACUCGCAAGUCCGCAUUCUUGAUGGGGCUCAUGUGAUUUCCAACUACAAAGGAUUGCAAAGCUCAGGCCAAGUCGCGGCAUCAUUUACCCCAGAUGGAGAUCAUAUUAUCUCUGCUAGCGAUGACUCCCGUAUCUAUAUGUGGAAUUAUGCAAACCAACUUGCCCCAAUCACAAGCCGUGUGAAGAAUGUGUGGUCGUAUGAGCGCUUUGUCUGCAACGAUGUCUCUGUUGCGAUUCCAUGGAACGCCGCACAAUCAAGGAAUUCGAUCUCACUAUCCUGCAACAUCCCUUCCUUGCGGCAAGAAGUCCCCGACGACUUCUGCGACAUACAGGACAGCACAUCGCACUGUCGUACUGAAGAUUCACUAGACGGUGAUACUGUCUAUCAGUUACCAUCUGGCAAUUUCACUCUUAGCAGGGCAUUCUUUGCGGAGUCUGCUCCAAGGGGAUCAGCUACAUGGCCAGAGGAGCAGCUGCCAUCCAACUCGGCGGCGACUUCUACGUUGCGUAAAUCUCAGUACAAGUUCCUGAAGGCGUCUUGCCAGAAUGCUGCGACACAUGCCUGGGGCCAGGUCAUAGUCAGUGCAAGCUGGGAUGGCCACAUCAGGUCAUUCCAGAACUAUGGCUUGCCGGUGCAAGUUUAACAUGGUACAAGACAUGCAUCCUAUCACCAUUGCUCCAUCAGUGGCCAUCCUAGAAACGGUGCCUCACAAGUUCAUGGCAGCUGUUGAUGCCUCAAGAAGCCUGGAUGGCUCGAGCUGACGCUCGGCCAGACGUAUCAUUACGGUACAAAGUGUCACAUGGUUGGUUCUUGUGCUAACAUGCUUGUGGACCAUAAGUUGUAUGUAGAGUCCAGUGGUCCUCCAAGAUCUCGCCAGCGUCGACGCAAUUGUAGCAGGCCCGGCGGGGAGACGGGGUCGCCUUGCAAAAUUAUGCAAUCCAUGUGGGGUCUGUGCACCAACACUUGAGAUGUUGUUGUCAUUUCUUUGUUUCGACUCCUUUUAGGAGCCCUCGGUAAAUAUAUAGAGAGGAUGAACAUAUGUUUUUGUCAAGUUUAACUUCCCUUGCCCUGGUCGUAUGGUCGACGAGGGGCAAGCGGGGAGCUAGAAUUCGCUGUUGGAUAGGAGAAUUCAGCCUGGGUUGCACAUAUUCGAUUCAUUUCAUUUGUUGUUACAUUUCACCACCCCUUUCAGAGCCUGGUGGUGUGAGUUAAUGUUUGAACUGUGCA